AUGCCUCCCAUUUCUUCUCACAAACAUUAUCGUUUUAUCUCAGAUUCAUCACUACCCACCACUGAAUGCAAGCUGCACUUGCAGCUAUGGCUGCUCACUCUAUCCUCUUCUCUUCUCCCGCCGCCUCUAACUCCCUCCUUUUCCCCAUCUCAAACCCUAACACUAUCUCACUUCAAUCUUCUUUCCAUGGUGUCUCCCUUAAACCCUCAAUCGCCCGUCAAUCCAUGAUACUCUCCGCCACCGCUCCUAAACCCCUUACUGUCGUUGCCGCCGUCAAGAAAGCCGUCGCCGUCCUCAAGGGCACCUCCAGUGUCGAAGGCGUUGUUACUCUCACUCAAGAAGACAGCGGUCCAACAACUGUCAAUGUCAAAAUUACUGGAUUGACUCCAGGACCCCAUGGAUUUCAUCUACAUGAGUUUGGUGAUACCACAAAUGGGUGUAUAUCAACAGGACCACAUUUCAACCCUAAUGGGCAUACACAUGGUGCUCCUGAAGAUAAAAUCCGUCAUGCGGGUGACCUGGGAAACAUAAUUGCCAAUGCCGAUGGUGUGGCUGAAGCUACAAUUGUAGAUGAUCAGAUACCAUUGACUGGUCCUAAUGCUGUAGUUGGAAGAGCAUUAGUGGUUCAUGAACUUGCAGAUGAUCUUGGAAAGGGUGGUCAUGAACUUAGCCUCUCUACUGGAAAUGCAGGUGGAAGACUUGCUUGUGGUGUGGUUGGAUUGACACCAAUAUGAAGUUGUGCUGAACCCAUUAAGCCGCAUAGAGGUUAAUGCUUUUUUGCAUUUUAAGAACCAAAGUUGAACUAUUCUCAUAUUGUAUUUAGCCAAUAAUCAAUGAGGCUUUUGUAAACACUUGGUGAAACAUGUAAAACAAUAUCUUGCUCUUUGAAUUACUUGUGAGUUUGAUUAUCGUAUCA